UGGAGGGGGGCGAGUUUGCGAAGCAAUCGGCCCGCAUUCCACAUUUGUAGCCAUCAACUGCGCAGCGCGAUGGAGCCCUACCUCGAUCAGCAAGUGCCUUUGACGGUCACCUGCAAUGGUGAGCCGGACAAGGGGGGCGGAAGGGCAUGUGGACAGGGCAGAAAGAGGCGCUUGUCCCAGACCGACCUAGCACAGGACUCUGAAGACCUUUUCCAAGACUUGAGUCAGCUGCAGGAAGCUUGGCUUGCCGAAGCCCAGGUACCAGAUGAUGAUGAACAAUUCGUCCCAGAUUUCCAGGCUGAAAACUUGGUUUUCCAUGGCCCUCCUUCGGCCAAGAUCAAGAAGGAAUCGUGUGGCUUCACGUGCGCCCUGGGUCCCAGCUCCAGCUGUGUGCGGCAAGCCGGGCUCAUGGGCAACAGGACAGUCUGCACGAACUCUUGCCAGGCUGCGUCCAGCUGUAUCCCAAGGCUGUGCGAUCAGAAACAAUCGGCGAUGUUACCACCGCCUACUCCUCCUUGUGUCCGCGUGGCCACACCCAUGCAUCCCGGCUCCAUUCAGUCGACGCACGCGGAGAUGAGAUACCAAGUGUCGCGCUCUCCCUUGCCGCCCACUCCACCCGGUGUCCUCUCGAGCCAGAGCCAUGUGAAUCUCAUCUCUCCCACCGGCCCAGCUGGCUCCAUGCUCAACCGAAUCACACCCGCUAACCGGUCAAGAUCAUCUGUGGGAGGAGGACCACCAACUGCAAUGGGCCUCCCUCCGCCCGUGUCUACGCCUAUGCCCCUGUCACCCCAUAUUCCUGGAAAGGAGCGGAGGUUUCAGCUUUCCCACCCUCCCCCUGCCUCUCCGUUUCCACCUGUUCAAUGCCAGUCCGGACAGGCUGGCACUCACCCACAGUAUCUGCCCGAGCACAGGGUGCAGAGGCAGCUGUCGGAGCCAUGCCACCUUUACCCAGUGCGCCGCGGGGCGCCCUGCGUCGAGCGGCCGCCGUACCAGCGCCAGAUGUCCGAGCCACUUCUGCCAGGGGCCCCCGCAGCUCGGCCUCUGCCUUCGCUCCCGUCGCAGGCCCCAUCCCUCCCUCAGCUCCCACAGCAGCAGGCCUCUUCCUUGCCUCCAAUCCCAGCACACGCUUCAACUCGGCCUCAGCUGACCCUGCCAGCACUGUCCCUGCCGCCUCCGCCGCGUGCGUUCAAGCAGGAGUACCGCGACGCUCUGUACGACCGCGGCGCUGCUGGGGGUGGGACGGACGGGCCUCCCGAGGGUCCCUUCCCGCCGCCGCCGCCGCCGCCGCCUCCGUCCAUGCACAUCAAGCGCGAGCCGUCCGACUUCAGCUACGAGCACGAUCUUUCCUGCUGCCCAUCCACAUACCUGACAGGAGACAGCCAUGCCCAUUACCCAACCAUUCCAGAAGCUCUGGCGCGCGACGUGAAGCUGGAGCCGGGCUCCGUGCAGGACGGCUCCUUCUGUGAGCUGGGUGCCCGUGCCUGCGGCCCCUACCGCCACGUGGGGGUAGGUGGCCUCUCCGGCCCCUUCCGGGAUGGGCCGCCCCCGUACCAGCGGCGCGGCUCGCUGCAGCUCUGGCAAUUUCUUGUGGCGCUCCUGGACGACCCGGCGAAUGGACACCUCAUUACUUGGACUGGACGCGGCAUGGAGUUCAAGCUUCUGGAGCCGGAGGAGGUUGCGAGAAAAUGGGGUGUCCAGAAAAACCGGCCGGCCAUGAAUUACGAUAAACUAAGUCGUUCCCUUCGUUACUACUACGAAAAGGGCAUCAUGCAGAAGGUGGCUGGUGAGAGGUACGUAUACAAGUUUGUAUGCGACCCAGAGGCCCUCUUCUCCUUGGCAUUCCCGGACAACCAAAGGCCUCUGCUCAAGGCCGACAUCGAGCGGCAAGUCAGCGGGGCUGACACGGUGCCCCUGACACACUUCGAAGAGAACACCACUUACCUGCAGGAAGUUGGACACUGCAAUCCUGUGCAGUACACCGAGGGCUACGCCUACUGAGACUGGCCUCGUGCCACAGAGCUGCCCACCGUCUGGCAGGUUAAACCUGGUGUGUGGCAUGACGUGUGCUUUUCAAAUGACCUUAGGUACGUUGAUUAUAGAGGCAUGGCUAUGAAUUCUCACAUUUUUGUAGGGUAUUAUGUGCUUGUUAUCAGGCAGGCUAUAGCCACUUUUCAUGUAAUAAAUGGUUAGAAAUGCCUCUUGAUUGUACGUGACACGUUUUUCAUGUUCAAUUGGUAAAUAACCUAACCCGUUCGGUACUUCUAUAAUUAGCUUCGAGUUCGAAGCUCUCUUUAAGCUUUACUACGCUACAUAAAGCCAUAACGUGCUACCUAAGCAGGUGGCGAAAGCUUUGCAGUGUUUUCAUCUGAACCUUUCGCUCUUUGUAGCGGAGUGCAUCAAGUCGAUGCACAUUUGUAACUAAAUCACCCUGAAGUGCGGCGAGAAGGCCGGAUGUGGCUUAAUAAUGGCAGUGGCUUGACCGCACGCGGCACGCCAUGGCCCCACGGCUCCUUUGGACUUUGUUUGCGGUGACACGUUUGAAUUUGUAUUUUUCAACCUUUGCCCAUUCACGUGCAUGCACACCGGAUGAGAACUGUUUUGUUUCCUGAUUUAAAAAAAUAUUUCUAUUCGAAACCUUAGCGAUUAUCUUUGAGCUCUUAAAAGUACUUGCCGGUAUAUUUCACAUGUGUUUGAUUCAAAUUUCUUAAACACGAGGAGAAACGUGUUUUUACACAAUUUAAAAUCCGUGAUAGAUGUUUUUGGGUUAGAUUGCGUAAAUAUAAAUGCGUCGUUAAACCCGCCACCACCCGACACAGCCCAUUAGCAAGGUUUGCCACGUAAAUAAAACAUGGCAAUUUGUUACUAGUACAGUGUGUUGGAAAGUAAACCCACAACAUUUACAAUUUGAGUACGACGUUUCACCAGUAAUUACAACGAGCAUCAUCAGGUGACAGCCAGAGUUGUGGAGAAAUCCUCCUUUUUUAAAUCCUUUAUAUUAAGUUCGCUUGCUUGCUUGCUUAGGACCGUGCAAAUCUUUCGGUCUUUUUUUAACCCACUUCCCGUGAUCCAACCGAGCUGACAUUUUCCGCACAGACUCGUUGUGCGUGACAAUUAAUGUUCGUGAAAUUUUUUUCUCCAAAAUUUUACACUUUUUAGGACAAAAAUAUUAUAUUUAAUUACCAAUUGCUUAAUGCUGCCAUGCAAUCAUCUGACCCAUAGGUGGCAGCCAUCUCAAGCCAGACGACGAGAGGACUCUAGCCGCCACGCAUAUAAAGGAUUUAUAGUGAAAAACUUUGUUUUUACGGGUUAAUUUUUUGGUCUUAAAUCGAGGGAUAAAUGUGAUGUCGUCACUUGUGAACCAAUCAGGUGCGAAGGCCAGAGUGGGGGGUUAAUGUACGCAGAUAAAUUACAAUGGAUAUCCAUUACCGGUUGGGUUGUUCAUAGGGUAAUCAACAAACAUUAUGCAUGCACACCAUGCCAUUAUGGGUGCAAGAAAUUGCAAUACCUGUUAUCUCAUAUUUAAUCACCAUCGACCUGUAUAGGCAUGCAGUUAAAGUGUUUUACUUGAACACGUAGGCUUUUGCGACGAAUAUUAUUGAUAAUAAAGGUUUUUGGGUUAGAUCGCGUAAGUAUAAAUGUGUCGUAACCCUCCACCAACAGACACAGCCAGUAAGGAGUAAAUCCACAACAUUUACAACAUUUACAAUAGUAAAUGUUGUGGAUUUACAACACACCGUUGGGUUGAAGUAGCAACUAAUUUACGCGUUUUGUUUAAGUGACAAACCUUACUGGCUGUGUCGGGUGGUGGAGGGUUACGACACAUUUAUACUUAUGCGAUCUAACCCAAAAACCUUUACUAUGUGUGUAUUACUUGAUCAUUUGCUUCCAAGCAGCACUAAGCCUGUAGCUUUCAAAACAGGAGGAUUUCUCCACAACUUUAGCUGUUGCCUGGUGACGCUCGUGGUAAUUAUUGGCGAAACGUCGGACUCGAAUUGUAAAUGUUGUGGGUUUACUCUCCAACACACCGGUGUGCUGUACUAGUAAUGAAUUGGCAUGUUUUGUUUACGUGACAAACCUCACUAAUUUGCUGUGUCGGGUGGUAGCGGGUUUAACGACACAUUUAUAUUUACGCGAUCUAACACAAAAAAACUCUAUUGUGGAUAAUAUUGGUUGUGAAAGCCUCCAACGUGUUAAAUGAUGUACCAUGUUGGCCCUUCCGUACACCUUUGAUCUGUAUUUGCUUCAUAGAAGCCAUCAGAGAGGUUUUGUCUUGUUACAUACUUAAAGCUAAGUGUACUACUAUGGCCAUAUGUGAAGCAUGCAAAACGUUGCUUUCGCUUGACUUAAUAAUUGCAUUUUGCAAUGUGACAGAAAUCUGCAGGGUCAUCAUUUUCGAGAGAAGACACGCGUACGCUAUUUCAUACGUCAUGAAUGCCCUUUUUUAAAAUAAAAUGUGCAGUUUAUAUUAGCGUUCGAAAAUGUGUUGCCUGUUUCACAGGACAACUGACAAUCCUUAAGAAUAUAUUUGGACUAUUAUGCUUAAAGAUAGCGAGUGCGUGUAUGUACGUGUAUCUAAUUCGGAUGUAUUGUUUUUAUCCCAGUAACUUUUUAUAAUGUUUGUAAAUUGUAUAUAUUGCCUUAUUUUUGUGCUUUACUUGCUGUAUAGAUGAUGUUUUAACUGAUGAAUGUUAACAUAGCACUAGGUUUAUCACUUUAUUGUAGUAUAAUGGCCAUUUUCGUGUAUUUUGAAAUGAUGUUUUUGUAAUUUCUGCUUUAGAUAUUGCUGAACAAUCAACGGUAUUGUGGCAUAACUUGUAAAUGACCUUGGCAGUGCCUGCUUUGCAAAAAAAAAAACUAAAAUCUGCAUAUUUAGUUUCGUUUCUUCAUAUUCUGUAAUAAUUAUAUCCGUAUCAUCACCCUUUGAGCACUGGUUUGAAACAUCACAAACUACAUGACUAGAAUUACUCUAUGCAGUUUUCUCGUUGGUUCCAUGACCUGCCGUAAAUUAAUCAUGUAUCGAGCAUUCAUCUUUAAAAAAAGAAAUGUAAUUAAUAAAAUAAAUGAAAAAUG